GUGUGGAGGAUGCCAGAGGAAUUUGAUGGUCCGAGAGAGGUUGACUGAGGUCACAGGUCAUCUGACUUACUGUGGCUUAUAGUGGUCACCGUGGUUGGAGGUGGACAGAAGAUGGUGGUGAAUAGAAGUGUGGUGAUGUGACACUGGAUGGAUUUCGGUGUAGAAUUUACAGUGAUUCGACUGCAAAUACAGGCUACAGUGAUUGACAACCCUUGAUACAGGCCGAGAGAACAGCUGAGACAGCUGAUAGCGAUCAGGCCGUGAGAGGACUGAGAAAAGGUGUUUGAGCCGGCAAGAAGCCGGUAGCUCUGGAGGAGCCUAGAUUGCAAUUUCUUGCGGUGAGGGAAGAAAAUAUUAUCUGGUCUAGGCGUAUGUCGGAAGUGAUUGAAAGUGCUAUGUUCGGAGACUCCGUGAUUUAUAACUUGUGUUGAAUGUGUUUGAUCUGUUUUGACAGAUCGCCGCGCUCAGCGAAGCAGUACAUUUUAUGUAGGAAUAACUACAGGAGCGAAUGCGCUAAAUACUAAUUCAUGGCCUAAAGCAAGUGCUGUGGUGCGACGCAUACUGGACAUACCUGAACGUUGUGCGGCUCGCGAAAUAGCGUUCUGGUGUGAACUGAGCGCGCAAAGCCCGAAAUGGUUCUGAAAACAAUGAAGUGUAAAAUACCACGACCGCCAGGAAUCCCCAGACUCGCUGGUCCCGGUCGCGGCAGCCACCGCGGUAAGCCGGCACCGAUGAGUGCCCCACCUGUGGACGCGGGCCGGCGCGCGCCGCCGCCGCCACCGACGGCCGCCGGUUCCGACGGCGGCGCCGCCGGCCGACUGGCCUGCUCACUCCAGUCGCUGCGGGGUAGGCUGUCGCGCGGCCGAGCGCCCGACACCGUCCCCGCUCCCGCCGCCGCCGCUGCCGCUGCUGCCGCUACUGCGUCCCCGGCUGCUGCCGCGGGUCGCAGUGAAGGUCCGCCCGCCGCGGCCGCUCAGACCAGCGACCGACGGCCCCAGGAGCAGUCGGGCUCGCGCGCGCCGUCCGCGUCCAGUGAGGGCGGAAAGACACGCGAGAGUGGUGACCAGAAUAGCGACGCGAGCGACGCACACCCCAACGGUGCCGCCGGGAGCACAGCGCGAGGGGACGAGUCGGUGAGAGACUCUGUCGCAGACGACGCGAGAAAGAGCGAGAACUCGGGUGUCUCGAAGUCAUCGGGCGCACCUCGAGCCGGGUCUCUGGGUUCGACAGAACCGACGACUCAGCCGUCUGCGACCAGGGCGGACUCUGUGCCCGCUCAGCAGCCCGCUGCGGUCGCUGGGAGUUCCACAGAAGCUCCGGCGGUGAGCGAUUCCAGUUCAGCAAGUUCGACCACCUCGCCAGACACAGCGCCUGAAAAGCCGCACGUUUGUGGGUCCUUCUUCUCACCUUGCUGCUCCGCGCGCCGCGCCGGAGGGGGUGUCAAGACGUUCAGCGGCGCAUCGGCGACGAGCACCGGCGCUUCGGCGAGCACUGGCGCUCCGACAGCCAGACACAGCGGCUCAGAACGACACCGGUCUCCUGUGAGCCUAGCUAGGAUCCUCUCCCGACCGGUGUUCACUAGCAGUCCGCCGCCGCCGGCCCGCAAAAAGUCCAGUGUGGUGUACUUUCAUCCCGAGUUUCAGCCGGGGGUGAUUGGAGAAGACGACGCAACGGAUUCCAGCAGCCCCAGGUCCCAGAUGCCUUCUCGCAGCAUGGGCAACACGAGCUCAUCCGGCGCUGCCUCGCCCCAGCCGCGCUCCCCCACCUUCCGACCGCGGGUCACCCUGCCGCCCGACUACGAGUACAUGAAAAAACUCGUACCCGAACUCAAG